UUUCGCUCAUGAACCUCGUCGCUCAAAUUUUACUUUCAGAACUAACAAAGAAUGUGUGUACUUUUAAGUUUUUGGUCUUUGGCAUGGCGGAUUUACCAGCAUAUUUGUUAUGUUGUGUGUGCGAUUUGAUAUGUCGCAAUGAUAUCAUGCUAUGACGAUUACUUGUGUAGAUUUGUCUCAUAAUGCUGCCCGCAAGGUUAAAACGUAUACAUGCAUCAUUGGAGGUUUUAUGAUGGUUAGCUUCAUGGAGUAUGACUGAGAAUGCAUAUACAUAAAUGAAGUAAAGUCUGUUUCAUAUGGAAAAACUUUGAAAAAGAGUUUUAGACUAUAUUCUAAUUUUUGCAAAUGGCUCAUCGAAAUUCAUCAAGGCAUGAUUCCUCGCGAUGAGUACAUGCUCCCACAUACUGUGCUCAUGGACACAAGUCACAGAGGAGUCGCUGAUCGAGACCUCUCACCUUCAGCCAAUGGUAUAAUGGCUAUUACCUCACUGUCUCAGAAAAGACCCUCUUCUUCUGCCUCAGACAUCAGGGAUACCAAAAAACACAGGACAAAGUCUCUUCAUUUCACAUGUACAGUGGUCAGUUGUGGAGAGAAGUUCAGCAAUAGUGAGCAGCUAGAUACACAUAUGAAGUUACAUGUAGGGGUCAAGCCUUUUACCUGUGAAGUCUGUGGCAAGGUGUGCCAGACAGAGAGCAAGUUGAAAGCUCACCAAGCAUCACAUGCAACGGAUGGCAUCAAGCCUGUGUGUGAAAUUUGUGAAAGAAACUUUUCAAGUCGUAGUGCUUUAAACAAACACAAAAAAAUGCUUCAUAAACCUAAGCCCCACAUAUGCCCACAUUGCAACUCAGGAUUUGAAGAACGUAAAUAUAUGGUAAUCCAUGCUAAAAGGGCUCACGAUGCUGAUGUUCCUCUUGAAGAAAUGCAGUCUACCUCAUCAAUUACCUUUGAUGUCAAUAACUUUGAAACGACUGCUGGUUCAAAUGAGUGUAAAGAUCUCUAUAAAGGCAACUAUUCAAUGCCUGUUGAAACCAACACUGUUCAUGAUUCAUCUAUGUCAAAUAGCUCUCUUGAAACCCAGAAAGACCAUACUCUGCCAAAUCAGACUGAUAAUACCUCUUUGGCCAAAAAGGCAGAGCCAAACUCUCAUGCAGUAUGUGCUACAAUAGCAUGUGAAUUAUGCACAUCAACUUUCCCAUCUUUAGCUUACCUGGAGCAACAUAUGGCUGUACAUGUAGGAGAGAAGAAUUUCACAUGCCAAGUUUGUGGGAUGAGUUUCAAUGGACGCCUUGAUCUGAAUAGCCAUAUGAGGCUACACACGCCCGAGAAUGACUGUACAAAUUUUGGUACCAAUAACUACAAUAAUGGAAAUUACAAUCAAUUUCCUACGAACCAAAUGCAUCCAGGGCAAGGUAGAGGUCCACAGCUAUUUUACAGAUAUGCAUGUGCUGUCUGCAGUGAACAAUUUCUAACUCUAGGGAGCCUCAAAAGGCAUCAAGCCAAGGGGCAUAAUACAGCUGUUCUUAACAUCUAGCAUAAAGAGGAAGAUAAAAGUGGAGACUUAUUAGGAGUUGUAAUUUUAAUGACAUGGUACAGUUUUUAACAUUAGUAAUAAGCAUGAAGAAAUAUUUAGGAACUACAUGUUCUCUUUAUCUCAUGACACAUACUUUUGCUUUGUUAUUAGCUGAAAAUAUGUUUUCUCCUUGACAAAUGUAAGCAGAAUAUGAAAGACAUUAGACAGGUAUUAGAUCUGGUCUUAAAGUUUAGAAUGAGAUCUCUUUAAAAGUUAUUUGAAAAUGUUAGUGACUUGGAAUAUGCUUGUAUUUCUCCCAAAAGAUAUAAGUGCUGUAUGACUAUCCCUUGUUAACUUUUUUUUUUUUUUUUUUUUUUUUUUUUUUUUUUUUUUUUUAUAUAAUAAGUAUAUUGUUUUCAUUCAACUUUUAUUUAUAUGUUGUAUUAAUUGAACAGCAUGAACAGUCUUGCUUUACAUUAGUGUUUUAUUAGAGAUGAAUUUUCUAAAAAUGCAUGUAAUGGACAAUUUAUAUGGAUUGUAUUUGCAUACUCCAUUUUUUAAAAUAUAUUGUGAAAUUACAUUCCCAUGCAAAAUGCACAUAAAACAAAUUUAACUUUAAGGAAUCAGUUCCUGUACUUUUAGUAUAUAGAUUUUAGGUAGCUAUAAAGUGAUAAUAAUCAAUAUUUUUUUCAUUUUCAGUGUGAUAUUUAAAAAUAAUAUAUGCGUGAGUAAUGUUUCACAAACAAAAGUUUGUCAAUUUGGCAACCAAAUUCAUUUGUAAGGGGUUGAUAGCAGAAAUACAAGAUCAUAAGAUUCACAAUGACUUAUUUAUUAUUGUAUGUCAUUUAGAACAAUCUAAAGAUACAGUGAGUUUCUUUAAAUUAACAUCAGAAAUAAGGACAGACUGUGUAAAAUAAAAAUAAAUAGGAAAAUAAAAAUUGUGUUUUCAUUUAUAGAAAAAAUCUUACUCUUCUAGUACAUUAUUUUAAUAAAAAGUCAAAGAACUGAAAUUAUUAUAUAAUAUUACAUAGUAAUUAGUGUCCAUUGUUCUCAAAAAAAAAAAAAAAAAAACUUAUUUUGAGUUAUAGUAAAAAUUACCCCCAUUUAUUCAGGAAUGCAGAUAGUUCAUAGUGUCAAAAACAAUUGUUUAAUAUAUUUAAUAUAUUUAAUAUAUUUAAUAUAUUUAAUAUAUAUAUAUAUAUAUAUAUAUAUAUAUAUAUAUAUAUAUAUAUUUAUAUAUAUAUAUUUUUUUUUUUUAGACACCCUUUCGGCUGUGAGAUUAUGUCACUGUCAUGACAACUAUCAGAUUUUAUUACUCUACCUGUUAAUUCUCCUACAAUUCAACCCAAAAAUUUGAUUGACUUCAAAUUAAAUUAGAUUAACUAAUCAUUCAGAGCACAACUACUUCAGACUGAUAUAUUGCAUACAGUGCUACUCUUAAGUCCUGCAUUAAACUUUUAAUCCUAUUUUACUUUUGUAACACUAUGUCAUCCACUAUUUCUCAUAUAUAAUUUUUUGUAACUGCUCUAGACAAAUAGGGAAAUUUAAUGGCAUACCUGCGGUUAUGCAAAACUAAACUAUAGCCAAGGUAUAAUUUUAUAAAUAUAAAUAAAUAUACUUCUGUUAUUGCUUUUUUUUUUUUUUUUUUUUGGCUAGAUUCAUAAGUAUACAAAUCACAUUUGCCAUCUUUAAGGACAGUAUGAAUUGUAUGCCAGAUUAAUACCAUAUAUGCCCAAUGUAGCUCUUGUGAAGGAAGUGUUUCUGCAUGCAAAAAGGUAAUUAUUAAAGUUUUUUUUUUUUUUUACACUGUUUAUGCUUUACAACAAUAGGUCAUUUAAAUAGGGCAUCUUGGUCUGACUGAGAAACAUGCAAUUACCUACAACACAUGUGCAUAACCUACAGAUGCAAUUCUUUUUAUUAAAAUUGUAAAUAUUUUACACUGGAAGCUGUGCUAAAUGAUUAAUUUAUUGCAUAUAAGUACAUGGAAUUAAACAAUUUGAUUGUUGCUGUAACCAAAUAACACACACACACACACACACACACACACACACACACACACACACACACACACACACACACACACACACACGCACACGCACACGCACA